CAGGAGUGUAUUUUUGGCUUUCCUUUUAACGUGGGCUGCCACUUUGUCCCCAAGAGGAUUUUGAGCGGAACCCGGUGAUGGCUGCCCAGCUGGGGCACAGCACUGAACGCAGCUUGGAUGGAGCACUGGACACAGCUCCUUCUCGCUCAGAAGUUCAAGGCGCAGCCCGAAUCACGUAGGACACAGUCCCGCUCCUCUGCUGGGCUCAGUGUGCCCUGGCGGGCACAGCAGUGGGAGCAGCAGGCUUCAAAAUCCACCUACAGAGGGGCUCCCCAGCUCUGCCUCAGCCCUCACGGCUUGCUGGGCAGGCGAGGAACGGCCUUGUGACAUCACAGAGCCUUGUGUGACAUCAGCCCAUGACUUGUCACAUCGGCAACCCUUUCAAGCGCAGACACUUGCAAUCGCGGCCACUCGCUCCUGGACGUCACUGCCUGAACUCUGCUCAGGGUGACAGCCCGAGUGAGCUCGUGCAUGGAAAUUUUUUCUUCCUUGAGAGAGACCACAAUGAAGCUCAGCCUGCUUCUGUCCCUCACCGUUGCUGUCUACAUGGUGCCUCUGUUCCCCACUGGCCUUGGCCUUUGCAUCUACCCUGACCGUGUCAUAGCCAAUGGAGGAGAUCUUCCUGAAGAGCGGAAGCCCGUUGGCGCUGAGAGCAUGGCCGCCGAAUGGAGCAGCACCAUCAGCCUUCACAACCCUCAGAGCUGGCUGAGGGUCAGGAUGGCCGUCGUUCCCGAGGGCCGGAAGCAACGGUCCGUUGUUACCGAGAGGAUGGCCGCCAAAUGGAGCAGCACCAUCAGCCUUCACAACCCCCAGAGCUGGGUGAGGGUCAGGAUGGCCGUCGUUCCCGAGGGCCGGAAGCAAUGGUCCGUUGUUACCGAGAGGAUGGCCGCCAAAUGGAGCAGCACCAUUGGCCUUCACAACCCCCAGAGCUGGGUGAGGGUCAGGAUGGCUGUCGUUCCUGAGGGCCGGAAGCAACAGCCCAUUGGCACAGAGAGCAUGGCCUCUGACCUGCCCUACCCUCUGGGCCAGCUUUGGGACAAACUUGCCCAGGAGGACAUGGCCUGGCUGCUUUGCAGGGCCUGUCAGACCGUGUGGCUGCUCUGCAUGGCUUGGAUUGUGGUUGGCCUCUGGAGAAAUGUGAAGAGACCCCAAGCACAGGUGAGCAAUGGAGAUCAGUCACACAGGAAGGGUCCGGGUUGUGGGGAGCAGGGGACCGCAACAGCCUUGGCCAGGAAGGCUUGCAAUGAGAAAACCAAACCCAGUGCGGGCAAGAAAGCCUCAGCAGGCCCCGAGAGAUCCUCUGCCUCUUUCCCUGGGACACGCCAAGCCGCAGGGCUCAAGCCCUCCGGGAGCCCCCAGCACAACAUGGGCCCAGGCGGAGGUUUCCUCAGCCCAACGUGCUGCCGCGAGCAGUCCUGCGAGGCUGGAGGUCUUCCAGAGGAAGCCAAGCCCAGCAGGACACUUGUCCGCCACCCAAGCUCCCGCCUGCUUCACUGUGCCUCCUGCACUGUCAUUUCCAGGGAAGGGGACGGACGGCCUCGUCUACCAUGGGGACAGACUGCCAGCAACAGUGCAUCUUCUGCAAAUACGACAUGCUGAGCUGGCUGGAAGCCAACAUCGCCCUGCUGGUCAGGUGCCAGAGGUUUAUCUACCACCUCCACCUGCAAGAGGUGCGGCACCGGCACUGCAAGAAGAAGUCAUGGCAAAAAGGGUGACAGCAGCCAGCUGGUGCGUCAGGACGUGCCUCAGCCCACCGAAGGCUCCUGGGCUGAGGGCACCUCCAUGGACUACAACCUCUCCUGCUGGCUGGAGGCCAUUAUCGCCCUGAUGAUCGCAUUCCUGUGCCCAGCAGGCACAACAGCUAAUGGGCGUUUGGCAACCCUCUGGUGAGGACCUCUGCAGAGGGUCCCCUUCUCCACCCUCCCAACGGUGCU